CUUUCUGCGAGCUUCUGCACUUGUCCUUCAGCCUGCUACUGGAUGAUGCACUGUACAGCUAGCUGUUCGAAUCCGAUCAUGUGUUACUUUAAAAGAGGAUGACAACUCUCGUUUUAAUAUGUUUAACAGUGCUACUCGAUGCUUUCUCAGCCAGAUGCAAAAUUAUCCCAGCAAGUAACCGUUCAGCCUCCUGUCGCCAGAACUUCAGAGAAGUGUCUUGUUUACAUUUGAAACUCACUAGAUUCCCAACAAACCUUACGUCUACGAUCAGGAAGCUUGACCUGUCUCACAACUGUUUGAAGAAUCUGACUGUGCAGUCAAAAGUACCCCUGCACCUUCUCAGGCACUUAAAACUAAGCCACAACCAGUUGGAGUACAUUGAUCCCACAGCUUUGGAACAUUACCUUACGAACCUCAAAGUUUUCAUUCUUGCUGCAAAUCACCUAGAUAGGAAUGCUUCUGUGAACGGAAGAGCUUUCUGUUUUCUACAAAAGCUAAGAACACUAGACAUGUCAGCUAAUGGACUGGAUAGUUCUCAUGUUGCUAUUUAUCUGCAAAAGUUACCAAAAUUAGAAAGAUUAGACCUUUCUCUGAACAGACUAAACACACUAUCCUCUGACCUGUUCCUCGGAACACCACAUUUGAGAGUUCUCUUACUGAGAAACAAUGUCAUCCAAGAAAUCGAAGAAGGAACAUUUGAGUCUCUGCUAAACCUGGUAGAGUUGAACUUGUCUGGAAACUGGAUAAAUUGCAUUUCUGAUUUAAAGCUGAUUCACCUGCAGGUUUUGAAUUUAAGCUUCAAUUAUGUAGAAAUCUUCCAUACAGAGGAGACAGAUGAUGAAUAUCAGCUGGAAAUUUUAGAUCUUAGUCACAACAAGUUGACUCAUUUCCCUCUUCUUCCAAAAAUACAUCGCAUUAAAUAUUUGAACUUAUCAGGCAAUGCACUGAAGAACCUAACCCUUGGAUAUUCAGAUGUCACCAGGCAGUGGGGGCAUUCAGGCAUGAAUGAGAAUAAAAGUAGUUCUUUGUUAACAGGCAGCAGGCUUGCCGACACUGGUGACAACAAAGCUAUAACAAAUCUAAGUCUGGCUGCGAUUAUUGAUUUAGAUCUGAGUAAAAACCAGGUAACUCAUUUCCCAUAUCAUUUUUUUCAUCACUUUGUUUCAGUGAUGCAUCUCAAGCUGGGUAUGAACUGUCUUCAGGUGAUGGAUGAAGUCUCAGGCAUUUCUAGAAGUGGAAGCAGGAAAGUGAGAAUGAUCCCAAAAAGUGAUCACAUGGUUCUUCCAUCUCUGAAAUCACUGUUUCUUCAAGAUAACCUCAUAAAUUCUCUGCCACCAUCAUUUUUUCAAUUUUUACCUGCAUUGGAAGAACUGGAUCUUAGAAACAAUAAUAUCAAGCUUUGCAGUGUGCACAAUGAUCUCAAACAAGAAUGUCUGUCUCUGAGGCAUAGGACAGAAAAGGAGUCAUGUACUUCCUUUGCUCAUGUAGAAUCACUGAAGCAUUUAAAACUCACAGGAAAUAACCUUGGGACCUUACCACCACUGGCAUUUUAUAAAACACCCUUAGUAAACUUGGACCUCUCAGGCAAUCCACAUAUGUCAGUAUCAGAAGAUGCAUUGCAAGGACUUGAACUGUCCUUACAAGAGCUACAUCUGGGAGGAAAUCUUAUUGACUCUUCAGACUUUUCUUUUCCUUCCUUGAAAAGAUUGAGAACUCUAAAUUUAUCUGGCAACUCCUUGCAGGUAUUACCUUCAGCUCUUGCAUUUUCUCCUUUGGAGAUGCUAGAUAUUCAAAACAAUAGCUUACAAGAUAUAAACUUUCACACAACCACAGCCUGGUCUAGGACACUUAAAUAUAUACUACUAAGUGGAAAUAAUUUUAAUUGUUGUGCUUUAGACUGGUUAAAGGUCUUGAAGGAUUCAAAGGUCAACAUUCCGGACUUGGAUAGUGUUCAGUGUUUUUACUACAAUGAAACAGGAACUUUUGCUGCUAGUGCAGACAAUGAUUAUAGCAUGGAAUGUCCCUACGUACCAGUCAGGGAAAAUCCCACUUCAAGCAUAAUUUUUUAUGUCAUUAUUGCACUGAUAUUAUUCAUUCUUAUUUUCUGUGCUGUAAGAAAAUGUUGUAAAUAUCUAGGACUUCAGAUGAACAGAGUGGCAUCAGUUCCUUACAAACCAGAGAAAGAAAGUAAUAUUAAUGAUCUUAGACUAGACAGUCUGGUGGUAUAAAACAGCCUUUGAGUAAUCAGGGCAUAACAGAAACUGCAGCACCGAUGUUUUUCAAAGAGUUAUUGUGACAAGGGCAAUGCUAAAAUGUAAUUUGUGCGGCAACACUCUUGUCAGUUUUCUUUAACAAAAUCAUAAAUGUCCUGCAUAUUAUAGCAGGUGGAAUUGGUACUAAAAGAAGACAAUUUAAUAGAUGUCAAAAUGCUAAAACAGAAACAUCAUAAUGUGUAACAGUUCAUACUUGAAUGGCAUUUAAUGUCAUAGUACUCAUAAGUUAAAAGGGUUGCCCUACACUAGAUGAGUGUAAAGUGGAUGAAUUAAUAUACAUCAGUUUCUUUUCCCCACUCUGGAACUCUCCAGUUACUUUUACCAUAUGGUGCAGUUUCUAUUUGUGUGCUGAGAGUAAUUCAGUUUUGCUACUUUUAUUUAUUUUUUCUCCAUAGUUAUGUAACUUUGGAGUUAGUGUGUUUAAGUAAAGAGAUGUGGUUAUAUGUAAGGUUUCCCCCUUGAAGAAAAAAAAUACUUUUUUGAUUCAUCUAGCUGAAGUUUGGACUGCUUUACUUCAUCCUGUGUAAUCUUCAGUAAGUUUUAUUUCUUGUUAAAAUGAACCAUUACAUUUUGCAUAAAGGAGUUUGUGCCCACACACCCAACUUUAACUACAGCUACUCCAAAAUUGUUGCAGUGCUGAAAGAAAGUGUUUGGUAAGGUGAUGUAGUCUAAGCAACAGGAAAGCAAACUGCAUCAAGAUAAACAGAAACAAUAGCAGUGCACCAUUUAUCUGUUGUUGCAGGAAAAAACACUAAAGAAUGUGUAAAACCAGUGCCACAUCAACAUUAUAAUGCAUGAUUCCUACUUAUACAUCCUUUCACUUUUACAUAUGCAGAUUACAUGCUAGUUCCUUAACAUGCCAUGGAUUAUAUGGACUUCUGAAUUUCUACAAAUUAAUAUAUUUUGUCAAGUUUGAAACUUACAGUUUGGUCGGUGAUAACAAAACCUGAACAUUGUCAGGUAAUGUGCAACCGUUUAUGAUAUCAUACAAAAGAUGAAUUAUUUUUUCUCUUGUAAAGCAUAAAUGUAACUUUGUAUCUCACUACUGGUCAGACUUAGGUUCUGCAGACCGCAUUCUGAGUAGCCACAAAAGUAAUAUGUACUUCCUCAAAUGCAAUGUAUCAUCAGUAAAUUAUGGUGCAACAUU